GUGAAAAUACUCCACCUACCUAUAUAUUCGCACAUAUAAAUACUCCUUAGUCCUCGCUAGCCGCUGUUGUUUCUGCUUCUCGAAUCGUCUUCUCUGAGUUUAUCCUCUUCUCCGCUAAAAGUGAAAGAUGGCUGAUGGUGAGGAUAUUCAACCUCUUGUGUGUGACAAUGGAACUGGAAUGGUGAAGGCUGGUUUUGCUGGUGAUGAUGCACCCAGGGCGGUUUUCCCGAGUAUUGUUGGUCGUCCCAGGCACACUGGUGUUAUGGUUGGGAUGGGGCAGAAAGAUGCUUACGUUGGUGAUGAAGCUCAGUCCAAGAGAGGUAUUUUGACUUUGAAGUAUCCUAUUGAGCAUGGUAUUGUGAGCAACUGGGAUGACAUGGAAAAGAUUUGGCAUCACACUUUCUACAAUGAGCUUCGUGUAGCCCCUGAAGAGCACCCGGUUCUUCUCACUGAGGCGCCUCUUAACCCUAAAGCCAAUAGGGAAAAGAUGACUCAGAUUAUGUUUGAGACGUUCAAUGUCCCUGCUAUGUAUGUUGCUAUCCAGGCCGUUCUUUCUCUUUACGCUAGUGGUCGUACUACUGGUAUUGUGCUCGACUCUGGUGAUGGUGUGUCUCACACUGUGCCAAUCUACGAGGGUUAUGCUCUUCCUCAUGCUAUCCUCCGUCUCGAUCUUGCUGGUCGUGAUCUCACAGAUUCUCUAAUGAAGAUUCUCACAGAGAGAGGUUACAUGUUCACCACAACCGCGGAGCGAGAAAUUGUCCGUGACAUAAAAGAGAAGCUAGCUUAUGUCGCUCUUGACUUCGAGCAAGAGCUAGACACAGCCAAGAGCAGUUCCUCAGUGGAGAAGAACUACGAGCUACCUGAUGGACAAGUCAUCACCAUCGGAGCUGAAAGGUUCCGUUGCCCUGAAGUACUAUUCCAGCCAUCUCUCAUCGGAAUGGAAGCUCCUGGAAUCCACGAAACAACUUACAACUCCAUCAUGAAGUGUGAUGUUGAUAUCAGGAAGGAUCUGUAUGGAAACAUCGUCCUCAGUGGUGGUUCAACCAUGUUCCCAGGAAUCGCUGACCGUAUGAGCAAAGAGAUCACGGCACUUGCCCCUAGCAGCAUGAAGAUCAAGGUGGUCGCACCUCCUGAGAGGAAAUACAGUGUCUGGAUUGGAGGAUCUAUCCUUGCUUCCCUCAGCACUUUCCAACAGAUGUGGAUUUCAAAGGGAGAGUACGAUGAGUCGGGUCCAUCUAUUGUUCACAGGAAAUGCUUCUAAGGGUUCUGCUUCCUAUUUCGUGGUGGUGAGUUUGUUUACAAGUCUCUUUCCCCUAGUUGAUAUGGGAAUGGAAACUAUAUGUUAUGUAGUUCUUUGAACCUUAUGGACGUGUCAAAAAAGUCUCUGUGUACUUUAGUUUCUAUCUGUCUUCUAUUUCUCUUUAGGAUUCGUGUGAUACUGUUCUUGUCCACAAGCAAAAGAAUUGUUAUAUCAUGUUUUGGUCGUUGCUUCAUUUUUUUUUUGGUUUUUUCCUCUUAUAAAUAUUUGUUUGGAUGUCCUAACUAUAUCUAUUUUUAGCCGUUUGAAACUAUUCAUUUUGUGUGAGAAUUAAAUCCAAGUAUCAGAUUAAAGGCAA